GGGGAGCUGCCAGCCGAGGGGAGCCGACGGCGGGGGGCGCUGCCUCCGUCUCCUCCUCCUCCGCCUGAAAUCGCCCCCUUCGCCGGGGGCUGCAGCCGAGCCGUAAGGGAGGCGGAUGGUCGCCUUUCCCACCCCUCUCUUGCGCCUUCUUGCCUCCAGGUCCACCCCGACCCCGGAUACCGUCCUGAAGACCCCCCCACCUACCCACCCCUGAAGACCCCUCCGGUCAGGGCAGCGGGGCAGCAGAGCAUCCGGGCCGGCUCUCCCCUCAGCUACCCACAGCCGGAGCAGCAAAGACCACCGUGGGUCCGCCCCACACGCCUCGGGAUCAAAGGGAUCUUUCAGAAAGAAGCAAAGAUGAAUAUGGUAAAAAGGAUAAUGGGUCGACCUCGGCAAGAGGAAUGCAGCCCUCAGGAUAACGCUCUAGGAUUAAUGCAUCUUCGCAGGCUGUUUACAGAAUUGUGUCACCCCCCUCGGCAUAUGACUCAAAAGGAACAGGAAGAGAAGCUUUACAUGAUGCUACCAGUUUUUAACAGGGUAUUUGGAAAUGCUCCUCCAAGUACAAUGAUAGAAAAGUUUUCAGAUCUCCUUCAGUUCACAACACAAGUUUCACGAUUAAUGGUAACUGAAAUUCGUCGGAGAGCUUCUAAUAAGUCCACAGAAGCUGCAAGUCGUGCCAUAGUCCAGUUUCUAGAAAUCAAUCAGAGCGAAGAAGCCAGUAGAGGUUGGAUGUUGCUUACUACAAUUAACCUGUUAGCUUCAUCUGGACAGAAAACCGUGGACUGCAUGACAACUAUGUCAGUGCCUUCCACACUUGUGAAAUGUCUCUAUCUGUUUUUUGACCUUCCACAUGUGCCUGAGGUGGCUGGCGGAGCCCAGAAUGAAUUGCCUCUAGCAGAGCGAAGGGCGCUGUUGCAGAAAGUAUUUGUGCAGAUCUUAGUGAAGCUGUGCAGUUUUGUGUCCCCAGCAGAAGAGCUGGCCCAAAAGGAUGACCUCCAGCUUCUUUUCAGUGCAAUAACCUCGUGGUGCCCUCCCUACAACCUGCCUUGGAGGAAGAGUGCAGGGGAAGUCCUGAUGACUAUAUCACGUCACGGCCUUAGCGUCAACGUAGUGAAGUACAUUCACGAAAAGGAAUGCCUCUCAACGUGUGUUCAGAACAUGCAACAAUCCGAUGAUCUUUCUCCCUUAGAAAUAGUUGAAAUGUUUGCUGGGCUAUCCUGUUUCCUCAAAGACUCCAGUGAUGUGUCUCAAACGCUGCUAGAUGAUUUUAGGAUAUGGCAAGGAUAUAAUUUUCUUUUUGAUCUUUUACUCAGGUUAGAACAAGCAAAAGAGGCAGAAUCCAAGGAUGCUUUGAAGGAUUUAGUUAACCUGAUAACCUCAUUAACAACAUAUGGUGUGAAUGAAUUAAAACCAGCUGGUGUUACUACGGGGGCACCUUUCUUACUGCCUGGAUUUGCAGUUCCACAACCUGCAGGCAAAGGUCACAACGUGAGGAAUAUCCAGGCCUUCUCAGUCCUACAGAAUGCCUUUCUUAAAGCAAAAACCAGCUACCUUGCACAAAUUAUCCUUGAUGCCAUUUUGAAUAUAUACAUUGCAGAUAACGCCAACUAUUUCAUCCUGGAAUCCCAACAUACUUUGUCUCAGUUUGCGGAGAAAAUUUCAAAGCUUCCGGAAGUACAGACAAAAUACUUUGAGAUGCUUGAAUUUGUCAUCUUCAGCUUGAAUUACAUACCGUGCAAAGAACUGAUCAGCGUCAGCAUCCUCUUAAAAUCCAGCACCUCCUAUUCCUGUAGCAUUAUUGCCACAAGGACUCUGCUUAAGUUCACACGGCAUGACUACAUUUUUAAGGACGUUUUCAGGGAGGUGGGACUUCUGGAAGUGAUGGUGAAUCUCUUGCACAAGUAUGCUGCUCUUUUGAAAGAUCCUACACAGGCCCUGAAUGAUCAAGGCGACUCAAAAAAUAACAGUUCAAUUGAAGACCAAAAACAACUUGCUUUGCUGGUUAUGGAGACCUUGACAGUAUUACUCCAAGGAUCAAACACAAAUGCAGGCAUCUUCAGGGAGUUUGGUGGAGCAAGGUGUGUACAUAACAUCGUAAAAUAUCCACAGUGUAGGCAGCAAGCACUGAUGAUAAUCCAGCAGCUGGUGUUGUCACCAAGCGGUGAUGAUGACAUGGGGACUCUCUUAGGUUUGAUGCACUCCGCUCCCCCCACAGAAUUGCAGCUGAAGACUGAUAUAUUAAGAGCCUUGCUUUCGGUAUUAAAGGAGAGCCAUCGGACGAGAACAGUUUUCCGGAAAGUUGGUGGAUUUGUAUAUAUUACCUCGUUGUUGGUUGCCAUGGAGCGGUCCUUAUGCUCUCCCCCCAAAAACGGCUGGGAGAAAGUGAACCAGAAUCAAGUCUUCGAACUUCUCCACACGGUGCUGUGUACCUUGACAGCGGCCAUGCGUUAUGAGCCAGCCAACUCUCACUUCUUCAGAACGGAGAUCCAGUAUGAAAAGCUGGCGGAUGCCGUAAGGUUGCUUGGCUGCUUCUCAGACUCCAGAAAACUAAGUCCCGUGAAUGUCUUCCCUUCCAAUACCCAGCCAUUUCAAAAACUAUUGGAAGAUGACCUGCUCUCCAUGGAUACCGUCUCGCCCACUCUAAAGCACUGCAGCAAGCUCUUCAUUUACCUCUACAAAGUCACCACAGAUUCUUUCGACAGUCGUGCUGAGCAGAUUCCUCCUUGCCUGACCAAUGAGUCUUCUCUCCCCUCUCCUUGGGGCACACCAGCUUUGACCAGGAAAAGACAUGCAUAUCAUUCAGUGUCAGCAGCAUCUUCAGUGUUUCCUUCCAAAAAUGCCACUGAUGCGAAGUUACACAAAGGAACUAUACUACUGCAAAAUCUGGAUGCCGUUAUUAUCCAUCCUGGAGCUAUGCUGGCUAUGCUGGAUCUUGUGGUCUCUGUUGGGUCAACUAUACAGCCAGAACAUGCACUGGAUCUCCAGCUUGCAGUGGCCAACAUCUUGCAAUCUCUUGUACAUACUGAAAGGAAUCAACAAGUUAUGUGUGAAGCCGGGCUUCAUGCUCGGCUUCUGCAGAAAUGCAGUGCUGCUCUUACGGAUGAGGACCAUUCUUUGCAUCCACCCCUCCAAAGGAUGUUUGAAAGGUUGGCUUCUCAAGCAUUAGAACCGAUGGUGCUGCGGGAAUUUUUACGUUUGGGAAAUCCUCUGAAUUGUGGAGCCUGGGAUAAAAAACUAUUGAAACGGUAUCAUGUACAUAAACCGAGCUCACUCAGUUAUGAACCAGAGAUGAGAAAUAGUAUGGUUACAUCAAUGGAAGGGCUUGGUUCCGACUGUGUGUUCAGCUUACAUGAAGACAGCCACUACAGGAUUAGCAAGAGCCUUUUGAAGCCAGCUGAAGGAAGCACCGUGCCUCUGACAAGAGUAAAGUGUUUGGUUUCUAUGACAACCCCUCAUGAUAUUAGACUUCAUGGAUCAUCCGUUACGCCUGCCUUUAUUGAAUUUGACACUUCUCUUGAAGGGUUCGGUUGCCUGUUCUUACCUAGUUUGGCACCUCACAAUGCACCAACCAAUAAUGUUGUUACUACAGGACUAAUAGAUGGCACUGUAGUCAGUGGAAUUGGAACUGGAGAGCGUCUUUUCCCACCUCCAUCUGGAUUAAGCUUUUCAAGUUGGUUUUGUGUGGAACAUUUUAGCACAGCCCCAAAUUAUCAUCCAAUUAGGUUACUUACAAUUGUAAGGCGGGCAAACAGCUCUGAACAGCACUAUAUAUGUCUUGCUAUCGUCCUUUCAGUAAAAGACCGAACCCUUAUCGUUUCAACUAAAGAAGAACUGCUUCAGAAUUACGCUGAUGACUUCAAUGAGGAGUCCUCCUGCUAUGAGAUUCUGCCCUGUUGUGCUCGUUUUCGUUGUGGUGACCACAUAGUGGAAGGCCAGUGGCAUCACAUGGUUCUGGUAAUGAGCAAAGGCAUGCUGAAAAAUAGUACUGCUGCACUUUACAUUGAUGGACAGCUGAUUAAUACAGUCAAGUUUCACUAUAUUCACAGUAGUCCUGGCGGUUCAAGUUGUGCCAAUCCACCAAUAGUUAGUACAGUUUAUGCCUAUAUAGGCACACCGCCUGCCCAGCGACAGCUCUCGUCACUCGUUUGGCGGUUGGGACCAACCCAUUUCCUAGAAGAAGUCUUACCUCCAUCAAGCAUUAGCACAAUUUAUGAACUUGGCCCAAACUAUGUUGGAAGUUUCCAAGCUGUAUAUAUGCCUUGCAAAGAUUCCAAAGCAGAAGGAAUCAGUCCGUCUCCAGUCUCAUUGGUCCCAGAGGAGAAAGUAUCUUUUGGCCUUUAUGCGCUCUCUGUUUCUUCACUCACGGUAGCAAGGAUUAGAAAAGUUUAUAACAAAUUGGACAGUAAGGCCAUAGCCAAGCAGCUAGCUAUUUCAUCUCAUGAAAAUGCCACUCCGGUAAAACUGCUCCACAAUUCAGGAGGACAUUUAAAUGGACCUGCGCGUACCAUUGGCGCAGCUUUGAUAGGAUAUUUGGGGGUAAGAACAUUUGUCCCUAAACCUGUUGCGACUACUCUGCAAUACAUUGGUGGAGCUGCUGCUAUUUUGGGCCUAGUAGCCAUGGCAUCAGACGUAGAAGGACUUUACGCUGCCGUGAAAGCCCUUGUUUGUGUUGUCAAGAGCAACCCUCUCGCUAGCAAAGAAAUGGAAAGAAUCAAAGGUUACCAGUUGUUGGCCAUGCUGUUAAAGAAGAAGCGUUGCCUUUUGAACAGCCACAUUCUACAUCUGACCUUUUCUUUAGUGGGGACAGUGGAUAGCGGACACGAAACAUCCAUUAUUCCAAAUUCAACUGCUUUUCAGGAUCUGCUUUGCGAUUUUGAGGUUUGGCUUCAUGCCCCCUACGAACUUCACCUUUCAUUAUUUGAACAUUUCAUCGAACUUCUUACUGAGUCCAGUGAAGCGUCAAAAAAUGCAAAACUGAUGAGGGAAUUCCAGCUAAUCCCCAAACUCCUGCUCACUCUCCGAGAUAUGUCUUUAUCACAGCCAACCAUUGCCGCUAUCAGCAACGUUCUGAGCUAUUUGCUUCAGGGGUUUCCUAGUAGCAAUGACCUACUCAGGUUUGGACAGUUCAUCGCUUCUACUUUGCCUACAUUUGCAGUCUGUGAGAAAUUUGUAGUCAUGGAGAUGAACAAUGAAGAGAAGCUUGACACUGGAACUGAGGAAGAUUUUGGUGGUCUUGUUUCUGCAAAUCUUAUUCUUCUGAGAAACAGAUUGCUGGAUAUCCUUCUGAAACUUAUGUACACAUCUAAAGAAAAAACAAGUGUCAAUUUACAGGCUUGCGAAGAGCUGGUCCGAACCCUGGGCUUUGAUUGGAUUGUGCUGUUUAUGGAAGACCAUCUGCAUCCAGCUACCGUGACUGCAGCCAUGAGGAUUCUGGUAGUUUUGCUGAGCAACCCAACUAUCCUCAUCAAAUUCAAAGAAGGUCUCAGUGGGGGAGGCUGGCUGGAACAGACUGAUUCUGUAUUGACUAAUAAGAUUGGAACCGUGCUUGGUUUUAAUGUUGGCAGGAGUGCUGGUGGCAGAUCAACUGUCAGGGAAAUCAAUCGUGAUGCCUGUCAUUUCCCGGGCUUCCCAGUUCUUCAGUCAUUUCUUCCUAAGCACACAAAUGUGCCUGCAUUGUAUUUCCUUCUCAUGGCGCUUUUCCUACAGCAGCCAGUCGCUGAACUGCCUGAAAAUCUGCAACUCAGCACACCUGUCCCCAUUAGUCGGGGCAACCAAGGUGGCCAGUUUGACUUAGAUUCAAUUUGGACAUUCAUAUUUGGUGUUCCUGCAUCAAGUGGCACCGUGGUUGCUUCAAUUCACUGUGUUUGCACAGAAGCUGCCUUUUUACUGCUGGGAAUGCUUAGGAGCAUGCUAAAUUCACCUUGGCAGUCAGAGGAAGAAGGUUCUUGGCUCCGCGAAUAUCCCGUCACUUUGAUGCAGUUUUUUCGAUACCUCUAUCAUAAUGUCCCAGAUUUAGCUUCAAUGUGGAUGAGCCCAGAUUUUCUUUGUGCGCUGGCAGCUACCGUGUUCCCUUUCAACAUUCGGCCAUAUUCAGAAAUGGUUACUGAUUUAGAUGAUGAUGCCGGAUCUCCAGCUGAAGAGUUCAAAGCUUUUGCCUCUGAUACAGGGAUGAAUCGGAGCCAAUCAGAGUAUUGCAACGUUGGGUCUAAGACUUUUUUAACCAACCAUCCUGCCAAGAAGUUUGUGUUCGACUUUAUGCGUGUGCUGAUAAUAGAUAAUCUCUGCCUUACACCUGCAAGCAAGCAAACUCCUUUAAUAGACCUUCUGCUGGAGGCAUCUCCAGAAAGAUCAACAAGGGCCCAACAAAAAGAAUUUCAGACUUAUAUUUUGGAUAGUGUUAUGGACCACUUGCUUGCCGCUGAUGUGUUAUUGGGUGAGGAUGCAUCUUUGCCUAUCACCAGUGGAGGAAGCUACCAGGUGCUUGUAAACAAUGUAUUCUAUUUCACGCAGCGUGUGGUAGAUAAACUUUGGCAAGGGAUGUUCAACAAGGAAUCGAAGUUGCUUAUAGAUUUCACACUCCAAUUAAUCGCACAGUCAAAAAGAAGAUCUCAAGGAUUAUCCCUGGAUGCUAUUUAUCACUGCCUGAACAGGACCAUCUUGUACCAAUUCUCAAGACCACAUAAAACGGUUCCCCAGCAAGUUGCUCUUCUCGACUCCCUAAGGAUGCUCACUGUGAACCGAAGCCUGAUCCUGGGUCCCGCAAAUCACGACCAAGAAUUCAUCAGCUGUCUGGCUCAUUGCUUGAUUAAUCUUUAUGCAGGAAGCUUUUCUAAAGCAAAUAUCCCUCCUUCACAUCUAACCUUAUUGGAUGAUGUUUACAGCAGCGUUGAGGGUUUUGGCCUGGAAGCAGAGGCCAGAAUGACCACAUGGCACAUCAUGAUACCUUCUGACGUGGAGCCCGAUGGAGUCUACAGUCAAGAUGUCGGGGAAGGUCGCCAACUUCUCCUUAAAGCUGUGAAUCGCGUGUGGACAGAGUUGAUCUACAGCAAGAAACAAGUUUUGGAGGAGGCUUUCAAAGUAUCCCUUCCCGUCAAUGACAGAGGCCAUGUGGAUAUGGCAGUUGCAAAGUCUCUUAUUGAAGAAGCCAGUUUAAAAUUUUGGCAGAAUCACUUAGCUCAUGAAAAGAAAUGCAUCAGUAGAGGAGAAGCAUUGAUUCCAGCAACUCAAUCAAAGUUAUCUCGAGUCAGCAGCGGUUUUGGCCUCUCCAAACUAACCGGAUCAAGAAGAAACAGAAAAGAAAGUGGACUUAGUAAACAUAAUCUAUCAACACAGGAGAUUUCUCAGUGGAUGUUUACUCACAUUGCUGUGGUUAAAGACUUGGUAGACAUGCAAUAUAAAGAAUAUCAAGAGCGUCAGCAAAAUGCCUUGAAGUACGUGACUGAGGAGUGGUCUCUAAUUGAAUAUGAGUUGUUACGGGAGAGGGGCCUUUGGGGGCCUCCCAUCGGUUCUCACCUGGACAAAUGGAUGCUGGAAAUGACAGAAGGGCCGUGCCGGAUGAGGAAGAAGAUGGUACGCAAUGACAUGUUUUACGUGCAGUAUCCUUACAUGCCGGAUACUGAACAUGAGACUAAUUUGCUGUUUGACUUCUCAAGUAAGGCUCCGGAGACAUCUGACGAUGCCAUUCCCCAAAAGAAACCUGCACGAUAUCGAAGAGCUAUAAGCUAUGACAGCAAAGAAUAUUACAUGCGCUUGGCUUCUGGAAACCCAGCUGUCUUUCAAGAUGCCAUUGAAGAGAGUUCUGAAGGGGAAGCUGCACAACAAGAGCCCGAACACGGCGAAGAUACGAUCGCAAAAGUUAAAGUUCUCGUUAAACCGCCAUUAAAGCGAUCUCGUUCGGCACCUGAUGGGGGUGAUGAGGAGAACCAGGAGCAACUCCAGGAUCAAAUAGCUGAGAGCAGCUCAAUAGAUGAAGAGGAAAAAACGGAUAACACAACUUUGCUUCGACUGCUUGAAGAAGGAGAGAAGAUACAACACAUGUAUCGUUGUGCCCGGGUUCAAGGAUUGGACACCAGUGAGGGACUUCUUCUCUUUGGUAAAGAACACUUUUAUGUGAUUGAUGGAUUCACCAUGACUGCUACACGGGAAAUACGGGACAUUGAGACCCUGCCUCCAAAUAUGCAUGAGCCUAUUAUACCCCGAGGCGCAAGACAAGGUCCAAGUCAACUCAAAAGAACAUGCAGUAUAUUUGCCUAUGAAGACAUCAAAGAAGUGCAUAAAAGAAGAUACUUGUUGCAGCCAAUUGCUGUUGAAGUAUUCUCAGGUGAUGGACGCAACUACCUCCUGGCUUUUCAAAAAGGAGUGAGAAAUAAAGUCUAUCAAAGGUUUUUGGCUGUAGUUCCAUCUUUGACUGACAGCUCAGAGUCCGUCUCUGGACAAAGACCUAAUACCAGCGUAGAACAAGGAUCUGGCUUGCUGAGCACUCUUGUAGGGGAGAAAUCUGUUACACAAAGAUGGGAGAGAGGUGAAAUCAGUAACUUCCAAUACCUGAUGCACUUAAACACUUUGGCGGGCCGAUCCUAUAAUGACCUUAUGCAGUAUCCUGUCUUUCCAUGGAUCCUUGCUGACUACGAUUCAGAGGAACUGGAUCUUAACAACCCAAAGACAUUUAGAAACUUGGCCAAACCAAUGGGGGCCCAGACUGAUGAGAGAUUAGCUCAAUAUAAAAAGCGCUACAAAGACUGGGAAGAUCCGAACGGUGAAACACCAGCCUAUCAUUAUGGCACCCACUAUUCAUCAGCAAUGAUAGUAGCUUCAUACCUUGUGCGAAUGGAACCUUUCACACAGAUAUUUUUAAGACUGCAGGGUGGCCACUUCGACUUGGCUGACAGAAUGUUUCACAGUGUGCGGGAAGCCUGGUACUCUGCGUCCAAGCACAAUAUGGCUGAUGUCAAGGAGCUCAUCCCAGAAUUCUUCUACCUCCCAGAGUUGUUGCUUAAUUCUAACAACUUCGAUCUAGGUUGCAAACAGAAUGGCACCAAACUUGGAGAUGUUAUCCUUCCUCCAUGGGCAAAAGGAGAUCCCCGUGAAUUCAUUAGAGUACAUCGGGAGGCCUUGGAGUGUGAUUUUGUGAGCGCGCACCUACAUGAAUGGAUUGACUUAAUCUUUGGCUAUAAACAGCAAGGGCCAGCUGCAGUAGAAGCUGUCAAUGUUUUCCACCAUCUCUUCUAUGAGGGGCAAGUGGACAUCUACAACAUCAAUGAUCCAUUGAAAGAAACAGCUACAAUUGGAUUCAUUAAUAAUUUUGGGCAGAUACCUAAACAGUUAUUUAAGAAACCUCACCCACCAAAACGAGUGAGAAGCAGAAUUAAUGGAGAAAUAAGUGGAAUUUCUGUUCCCCCUGGCAUCACAAACAACAAGAUUUUUUUCCACCAUUUAGACAACCUCAAGCCUUCUCUUGCACCAGUAAAAGAACUCAAGGAGCUGGUCGGGCAGAUAGUAUGCACAGACAAAGGAAUUUUGGCCGUAGAAAUGAACAAAGUUCUCCUUCCGCCCACCUGGAAUAAAACUUUUGCUUGGGGUUAUGCGGAUCUCAGCUGUAGAUUAGGAGCCUAUGAAUCAGAUAAGGCAGUGAUUGUUUAUGAAUGCUUAUCGGAAUGGGGACAAGUUCUUUGUGCCAUCUGUCCAAACCCUAAACUGGUCAUUACUGGGGGCACCAGCACUGUUGUCUGCGUAUGGGAGAUGGGGACCUCCAAGGAAAAAGCCAAAAUGCUGACCCUCAAGCAGGCGCUGCUCGGCCAUACUGAGACGGUCACAUGUUUAACAGCUUCACUGGCCUAUCACAUCAUUGUGAGUGGGUCAUGUGACCGGACCUGCAUCAUCUGGGAUUUGAAUAAACUUUCCUUUGUAACGCAGCUUCGGGGUCACAGGGCUCCGGUGUCAGCCCUCUGCAUCAAUGAACUGACGGGUGAUAUUGUGUCAUGUGCAGGGACAUACAUUCACGUCUGGAGCAUUAACGGAAACCCCAUUGUGAGUGUGAACACCUUCACUGGGCGCAGCCAGCAGAUUCUCUGUUGUUGCAUGUCAGAAAUGAAUGAGUGGGAUACUCAGAACGUUAUUGUGACUGGACAUUCAGAUGGAGUCGUCCGAUUUUGGCGGAUGGAGUUUCUACAGGUCCCGGAAACUCCCGCUCCUGAACCUGUGGAAAUGCUUGAAAUGCAGGAAGACUGUCCAGAACCACAAAUAGAAGGUCAAGAAGGUCCUGACGAAGAUAGCAGUGAUUCUGAAGCAGAGGACCAAGCCCCUGCCCAGGACACCAAGCUGCCAGAGAGCCAGCCCCAGCCGGCCCCUGCCGGUCACAGACCUCGGUCAUCCUCAGCUCGAGCAGCCGCUGCAUGGUCAGUAGAAACCAGCUCUGAAGACACAAGGCGUUGGUCUGACCACCUGAGCUUGGAUGAGAAAGAUGGCUUCAUUUUUGUGAACUAUUCUGAUGGACAAAGCAAGGGACACUCGCAUGCGCCAACAAACCAUUCAAAUGCCAACCAAGGGGAAUUGCGGCAUUACAGCAAGCUCAAACCAGGCUACAGAUGGGAGAGGCAGCUUGUGUUCAGGAGCAAAUUAACUAUGCACACCGCCUUUGAUCGCAAGGACAAUGCACACCCUGCAGAAAUUACAGCGCUGGCCAUUUCCAAGGAUCACAGCAGGAUUCUGGUAGGGGACAGCCGAGGCCGAGUGUUCAGCUGGUCUGUGAGUGACCAACCGGGCCGCUCUGCGGCUGACCACUGGGUGAAAGACGAGGGAGGAGACAGCUGCUCCAGCUGCUCGGUCCGGUUCUCUCUUACCGAAAGACGUCACCAUUGUAGGAACUGUGGACAACUCUUCUGCCAGAAGUGCAGCCGUUUUCAGUCCGAAAUCAAGCGGUUGAAAAUCUCCUCCCCGGUUCGGGUUUGCCAGAACUGUUAUUACAAUUUGCAGCACGAGCGAGGCCCGGAGGAGGCAUCCUGGAAUUAACCCUGUCCAGAGGAACCACGGCAACCCAGACUACAUACUGCAGGGCCUGCAGGAACCCAGCCGACCGGAUUAAUUCCAGGAAUGAGCAGCCCAUUCAAACAGGUUGCAGCAUUUGCCAUUCCUUCCUACGCGAGGACUGCAAGCAAGAGGGACCAUUAAUUAUUUUUGGGGUACCUUUGCAGAGAUGGGGGCCAGAAUACAUCAACUAAGUUCUGGCGGGGAGGGCGUAACCAUCGCCACAGCUGCGUCAAGGACCUUCCAGGCCCCUUCUGUCUUCUCUGCUAAGAAGAGACCUCAUUAAGCAUCUCUUUUUUCCAUCUUGAUUUUGUAGUUAGUCUCCCUUUAUUUGGGUCGCCAGAAGCAGAAGGCUUUUUAGAAAAACAAAAAUAGUUGUAAAUUUGCCUUCUUCACAAGCAAAACUGUGGAUAUUGUAAAUAGAGAAAAUGGCCUUUUUAUCAAAAAUGCAAACUGAACUGCCUGUUACAUGGGACUUCAGACCACUAUAUACUUUGCACCUCUUCUUUAGCUCAUCUAUUUAAACAUGAUUUAAAAAGAAAAAAGAAGAAACACAAUGAAAAAAGAAAAAGCAUCAAGAGGCAUUAUCUGGGUUUAUUUCUUUUUCCUUUUUACUAUUCCAACUGCAUGGUUCUUUCAGUUACUCUCAUGAUCUUAACUUAAGCCAAGCUAUUUUGAAGAUCGGGCUGGGGGGAGGGAAGGGAAAACCAUCCUUUUGUUUUGGGGCAUCGGACUUCAAAUAUUUUAUUCUAAACUGUAAGAUAACCAAAAAGGGCCCCCCUUUCUGUUGCCUUUUUACUACAUCUAUUUAGAAUCUGUCUUCAUAUUUAAAUAAGGUCUGUUUUUAUACACCCACGGGCCUUGCUGCUUGCUCCUUCUUUAUCAUUGUAAGUAAUCCGCUAAUCCAGAUAGGUCUAAGGCAAGUCUUACUUAAAACACUAGUAAAUGGCUUGCAUGAAAAUCAGAUUUAAUACUUUUUGUUUUGUUUUUUUUCCAAAGGAAACCAAUGGACCAUUGUUUUUCUCGUGUUCUUGUUUUUGUUUUGCAAAAUGGACUUGGAGACGUUGUCCUUACAACUGGGAAAUGCUUAGAGGAGUCCCAAUGAAUUUCUAAAUUAAAAUCAGACUUGCUCCUUUAUUUAGGGGUUGGACCUGAUGUCGCACCCCAGUUUCAUCAUUCAUUGGUUUACUCGGAGGACAUAAAUUCAACUAUUUUAUAUAUUAGCCUUCAUGGUACAACGAAAAAUAAAAAUAAAUAAAUCCAAUCAAACAUCUCAGUGAAGUGAGGCUUCGAAAUGUAGUUGUAUCCUCACCCCCCAACGUACUGGUUUUAUUUUUCCUUCCUUCCUCUUUCUUUUGUUAAUGGGUGGUGAGAUUAUUGUUACUUGCCUUUUAAAUAUGGUAAGACAGCAGUUUUUUAAAAAGUAACUCGGAAACAGUGUGGCACACCAAGAAAUGAAAUCAAAUGUAGGACAACAUAAACAUUGUGAUUUGUUAACACGAAUGAAUUUAAAAUAAUUUGAAUAGUUUGCACAGAGCAAUUUUCUCUGGCUAAACAUCCCUGGUUAGAAAUCAAUGCAGUGAUUAGUAUGUAUGUUGAGGAUCUUUUUAAUCGUCAUGAUGGACUGACUUAAUUGUGGUUAUAAUAAGCGUAUUUCAGGCCCCCGAAAGAGCCCCUUCCACACAUGAGCACACAAGGGUUUAUGAAAGUUGUUUUUGCCCACUGGGUGUUUUUUGUUACAACCAGCAUUGAUCAGCUAUAUUGUUCAGUGCUGCCAAUUUUGAUAUCUGCAAAGUUUCUCAAUUUUUUUUUUUUAAAGUAGAAUCUCCAACUAUUGAGGUUAUGUGAGAAUAACACAGACUCUGUAAUCAUAGGCAGGGUGCUGCUUAUGUGGUCCUUAAACUCAGCCUAACAACAGACAUUUCUAAAGUACAAAUACAAUGUCCAUAAGAAAGAAAAGCACGUUGAAAUUCUCUCAGUCUUCUCCACUCCACUGAAAAUUGUCCCCCUUCCCCAGUUAAACUUAACUUGGAAGUUCUUAAUCUGAAGGUUGUCUCUUUUCAGCUUGAGAAUUAUUUUUUUCAACUCUCGAUUAAUUCCUCCAGAUAAAAUUCUAAGCACUGGAUGGCACUAACAUCGUAGACACUAAUGCUGGCUCAUUAGAAGCAGUUUACUGUUUGUUUGGUUUUUUUUAUUCUCCUAAUUUUGAGUACGUAGACCUAUUGUACUGGUGUUAUUCUACACUUUUUACAUUUGGUGUUUUCGGAGGAAGGUGACUUUAAAAUGUGUUUACUUGUAUUUAAAGUUUAAAGCUACUUGACUGGGGAUGAAAUCUUCCAGAUUUCCAUCCUUAUUUAUCUACUCCAAGGGGUAAACUGCGAAGUUGCAUCCUGUUGAUAAGAGGAAAACGUGGGGUUAUUCUGCACCAAGAAAUGGUGCGGCACCAUCCGUUCCUGCUUUGAAGCCCCACUGGAAUAAAUGGAUACCGAGCAAUACAAUUCAUUGGGGUAGUGAAGUCUCAACAGCUCCUGUCAGCUCCUCCUAUAAUUCAGAAUGCUUCCCCCCCCCGCCCCCCCAGUCCCAUAUAUGUUUAUCAUAAAUGGUGUAGCCCAAGGUUUCUCAACUCGGCACCUUGAAGCUGUGUGGACCUCAGUUCCCAGAAUUCCACAGCUGGGGAAUUCUGAAAGCUGAGAGGUCCACGCUCUUUGAAGAUGCUGAGAUUGGAUCGAGCAUCUCUGGUCUCGACACCAACAGGGGCGCUUAUUUUUCCGUCAGUUGCAAUUUGCUUUUUUUUUUUGGUAACUGAACGAUGGUUCAGCAGCAGCCUAGCCUCCCUUUGCACCGUCAAGCAGCUCGCCUCAUCCCGCCCUGUUCUUUGACGUGGUAUCCAUACACUCUUUGUUUGUGACAUGUGACUGUAGAGUUCAUGCUUAAGAAGGUCAGAGUGUCAGUCCCAUCCCGUCAUCUGCCAGUCCAAGAGCAAAAUACUUUUUUUAGAGACAUUAUUUUGCACUUUCUUAUGUAUAAAAAUUAGUAGGGAUUUUUUUUGUUUUGCUUCGUUCCAGACUCCUUUGGUUUUGGUAAAUGAACUGUGUAUUAAAAAAAAAAAUAUUUAUGCAGUUAAAACUGUUUUUAGAAAAUAUUUUUAAUUUCAGCAAGUUUGGUUACUUGUUGCAUGACUUAACACAACUGACUUUUUGUGUCAGUAUAAUGUAUAUUUUUUUGUCCUGUUAUUAAUUUGUAAGCCUUUGGGGUAAAUGGCCAUUGAUCUGUACAGCAAACAGGAGUAAAUUGAAGAUAACUGGCUAGGACUGGAGGGGUGGAUUUUUGUACUAUAUUGAAGAAUCCAAUAUCUGUUUUUGGUGGUUAUGUAAAAGGCCUGAAGAAUUACUAUCUAGUGUGCAAUCUGUGAUAUCUGAAUGUUUUAUUGUAUAUUUGUCUCCAAUGCAAAAAGGUAGAGUAACACAAAUACAAUACAUGAUUAAAUGCAAUAGUUCAGGUACCUUUUUUGUUUUUAAUUUCAAAUAAAUACUAUUUACCACCAA